ACAAACAAAUGAGAACGUACAGCUGUAUUUACAUUGGAACUCAACUGUGGAGCUUCAUGUUUGGUGAGAAGGGCUGCAUGACAUGGGUAUCAUUCUUAUUCUCAUCCAAGAUUCCUGCAUUUCCUUCCACAUCCUCAUCAAUUAUAUCCCCUCUGUUCAACUUGGUGUUGUUGUUGUUGGUGGCGGCGGCGGCGGCGGCGGCGGCCGUGUCAGCCGACAAACGCAUCCCAAUUCUUCGCUCUCCUCACCUAAAAAAAUACAGCAAUGGCUGGUGGUGGGCUUCUUUUUAAUAUUUGAAACGCAAAAUCUCUUACAAAAAUCCCAGGAUCGAUGUCUACUCGAGGGCAAAAGAUGAUGUGAAAACCUAGAGAACGGAUAAAUCCAGAUGACACAGUUGAACGCAAAACGAGAAUUUUGCAAGACCAACACAACAGUCCAAAACUCCCAACACUAGUCCAUACCUUAUUUCUUCGCUUAUACUCCAAUGGCUUAAAUUCGUUUUUAUCAUAUGCGUCACAAGGAAACGCCGCCUUUCCCUCUUCUUUCUUGUAUGUUUCUUCCAUGGUCUUCUCCCUUCAUCACCUCUCUUUCUUCUUCUUUGUUUGAUGAUCCCAAUCUUUCUUUCUUUCAUGCAGAUAGUUAUAAAUCCUCAGAUACGUAUAAUUAUUCAAUGGGGUUGGUCUCAGUGCCUUUAAUUGCACUCUGUUUUCAUGUUCUGCUAAGCUCAAUUCUUGUUCGUGGAGAUAUACAAACGACUCUUCAAGGACCCUUUAAGCCAGUGACUGUCCCUCUUGACAAGAGUUUUCGUGGGAAUGCUGUGGACUUGCCAGAUACAGACCCUUGCGUACAGAGGAGAGUUCAAGGCUUUGAGCCGGAGCAAAUUUCUGUCUCUCUCUCGGCAACCCAUGAUUCAGUUUGGAUUUCUUGGAUCACAGGGCAAUAUCAAAUUGGGGACAACAUAAAACCACUAAAUCCAAGAACUGUAGCUAGUGUUGUUCGAUAUGGAAGGUCAAGAUUUGUGUUAACUCAUCAAGCUACUGGUUAUUCUCUUGUUUACAAUCAACUGUAUCCUUUUGAAGGCCUCCAAAACUACAGUUCUGGUAUUAUCCACCACGUUCGUCUCACAGGAUUGAAACCUCAAACAAAAUACUAUUAUCAAUGUGGGGAUCCUUCUAUAUCAGCAAGGAGUAAUGUUUAUCAUUUCAGGACUAUGCCAGUUUCGGGUCCGAAGAGUUACCCCAGCAGAAUAGCAAUAGCAGGAGACUUAGGCCUUACAUACAAUACAACAUCAACAGUUGAACAUAUGAUAAGAAACCAUCCUGAUCUUUUUUUGUUGAUUGGGGAUGUUACUUAUGCUAACUUGUAUCUCACUAAUGGAACUGGUUCUGAUUGCUACUCGUGUUCAUUUUCUCAAACUCCCAUUCAUGAGACAUAUCAGCCUCGCUGGGACUACUGGGGAAGGUACAUGCAGCCUGUAAUAUCUAAAGUUCCGAUUAUGGUGGUUGAAGGAAACCAUGAAAUAGAACAACAGGCUGAAAAUCAAACAUUUGUUGCUUAUAGUUCUCGAUUCGCUUUCCCGUUAAAGGAGAGUGGAUCACCAUCCACAUUCUAUUAUUCUUUCAAUGCUGGGGGAAUACAUUUUAUAAUGCUGGGUGCCUAUAUUUUCUAUAAUAAAUCAGCUGACCAGUACAAGUGGUUGGAGAGAGAUCUAGCUAAAGUUGACAGAGAGGUGACUCCAUGGUUGAUUGCAACAUGGCACCCUCCCUGGUAUAGCACCUACAAGGCUCAUUAUAGAGAAGCAGAGUGUAUGAGAGUAGAAAUGGAAGAAUUGCUCUAUAAGUAUGGUGUUGACAUUGUCUUCAAUGGACAUGUAAGUGUGAUCUAUUCUCUUGAUUUUCAGCCUUCUGAUCAACAUUUGCAUAACUUUUUUUCCAAUGGUGACCUGCAGGUACAUGCCUAUGAGAGGUCUAAUCGAGUAUACAACUACACUUUGGAUCCAUGUGGGCCUGUUUAUAUCACAGUUGGUGAUGGUGGAAAUAGAGAGAAGAUGGCAAUUACACACGCUGAUGAACCCGGGAACUGCCCGGAUCCAUCCACCACACCAGAUAAUUACAUGGGCGGUUUCUGUGCCUUCAAUUUCACAUCAGGUCCAGCAGCGGGAAAAUUCUGUUGGGACCGCCAACCUGAUUAUAGUGCAUACAGAGAAAGUAGUUUUGGUCAUGGGAUUUUGGAGGUUAAAAAUGAGACUCAUGCCCUAUGGACUUGGCACCGGAAUCAGGACAUUUACGGCACUGCCGGAGAUCAAAUUUACAUAGUAAGGCAGCCUGAAAAGUGCCCUGUUGAACUAAAGGUAUUUUCAUGAGUGGUGGGAUCAGAGGUAGAAGCACAUAAAGAAUAGAGAAGCAAAAGUGAGAAGACUCAAGUGGGCAUCCUAAUAGGAUUAAGUUUGAUUUUGCAUGUAAUCCAACAUAAUAAUCUCAUUGUUCUUCAAUAUUUCCAUUAGAUGACAUAAAUCUUUCAGUGAUAUUAAUAAAAUAAAGGCUAUUUGGAGCUCCA